AUGAAUCUGGAACACGCUGUCAGCUGGGCAAAUGCAUUGAACAAUACUGAGCGAACACGCCUAGAAAAAGAAAACGGCACUCGGUGGUCAGAGCUUCAUCGGUUAUCUUACUUUGACCCAGUCCGCUUUACAGUUAUAGACCCGAUGCAUAACCUCUAUCUUGGAACUGCAAAGCGAAUGAUUCAGAUAUGGUGCGAGUGUAACUACAUCAAUGAAAAGAAUCAGUUAACUAUGCAAGAGCUUGCCAAUGGUAUUGUUGUACCUUGUGGAUAUGCGCGUAUAACAAAGAAGAUUGCCGAUGGGUUUUCGUUCAUGAAAGCUGACGAGUGGAAGUCAUGGUGCGUCAUAUACUCUCCAUUUGUUCUGAAGCAUGUGCUCCCAGCCAAGAAUCUCGAAAACUGGAUUUUGUUUGUUGACGCAUGCCGCUUACUCACAAAACCUUCGAUCAAUGACAAAGAAAUAGACGAAGCCCACAGUAAACUCCAAUUGUUUUGUACAAGAUUUCAGACACUGUAUGGAAAAUCGGCCAUGACACCGAAUAUGCAUCUACAUCAUCAUCUUGGCGAGUGUGUUCAUGACUUUGGGCCAAUUUAUGCUUUCUGGUUAUUCAGUUUCGAGAGAUACAAUGGUUUGUUGAAGAAUAUCGAAACAAAUCAAAAAGGCAGCUUCGAAUCAACAAUGAUGAAGAGAUUUUUGGAGAGAAUAUACAUUGGCAGCUUCAUACAAUCUUUUGUCAACCAUCUUCCCCAGUUCGCAAUUGACUUUCUGCAUCGCAUUUCAAAUAGUCAAGAUCAAUUAGCAGCAUUGCAUCCAUCUUCUACUGCCAGUACCUUUUCUCUGUCUGACUUUGUUGAAUAUUCGUUAAACCCUCGUCAUUCUGCUUUGGGUUGUGAGCUGUUGUCCCCUUCAGUGUUUCCGAUUAAACUCGACCAAAGGAUUACAAUGUGCAAGGGACAUUAUGAAUGUUUACUGGAGUUUUACAGACACGCAUAUGGCAGUCACGAUAUUUUUGGCCAUUAUUCAAACUGCGAGUCUAACCAGAUUUUUGUCAAUAACCAAAUUGAGAAAAUGAAACGGAUAUCUCUUCUUGGACAGGAAUACUCUUCUGGAUCUUAUUUCCGCGCCUAUUAUCUUGAGAAUAACAGUGAAGAUAAAGCAGCGUUUCCUGGCCGUAUACUGUAUUUAUUUCAACAUUUGAUAACCAUCAACGAAACUGUCAUCACCCAUACUUUUGCGUUUGUUGAGUGGUACUCUAGUUAUUCUUUGGGGAGUUACCAGCCAAUGUUAAAUGAAGGCAUUGAGCUCUGGAAUGAACCUUCUUCUGUACUUAAUUAUGAAUGUAUUAUUCCAGUACAUCAUUUAUAUUCACCAAUCGCAAUUGCUAAAUAUAGGUUUACUAUAACUAGUGAAUUUAAACGUUUAGUAAUCCCUUUACCCCAAAAAAUAGAAGCUUAA